CACAGUUUAUCAGUUAUCUGAAAUCUUUCGAAUCGUUAUCACUUCUCAUUGGAAUACCGUCAACUGAAGAAUAAAAUAUGGCCAAACUAUUGUGUCUUGUUUUAACUUUGGUCCUUAGCUCAAUAUUCAUUUCAUCUAAAGCAAUGCCGACUCCAGAUGAGGAGCGUUAUUUGGAUAAAGAAUACAAUCGUGAACUUUUGAACUGGCUUAACUUAGUACAAUACCCUCAGCCAUAUGCAGUGCCAUGCAAAUACUACCCGAUCGACAGUUUGACUGGCCCAGUACCAAAAAGAAAUUCAGAAUUGAUAAAUUCACUUCUCAGUCUACCAAAGAGUAUGAACGAAGCGGGAAAGUAAGCUAGAAAUUUCGUAAUGUUAAACUUAUAAUUUUGCGCUUUGUUUGUAAUUUAACCAAAGCUUAUGGUAACAACCCGCAAUGAUUAAGGAUUAAGUAUGUUUUUUUUUUUUUAAUAUAUAUACAUACAUAUGUACAAAUAUUUACCAAAUUUACAAGUGUUACAAAAUACUACAAUGUAUCAAAAAGUAAAUAUAAAAAGGCGUACAUACACAUAUAUGGACGCACGUCCACAUGCUAUAUAAUAAAUAAUUUAGUAAAAUUAAAUCGUUAUACAUAAACGAAUAAAUUAAUAUGGAUUGAGCAUGAAAAUAUGUUAAACAAAUAAAAUAACGACUGAAAGAAAAGAA